AUGAAAGGUGAUCGUGCACCAGAUGAGAAUGUCGUACCCGAUGUUGAAACCAAACCAAACCGUCGCAAGAAACGUCCAGAAGCUGGGUCGAGCGCAAGUAGAACAAAUUCAGUCGAGCAGGCUGCUAAUUUUGGCGAAAAGGGAACCAAGCCUGAGAAGAAAAAAGUAGAGCCUAACGACGAGCUAAGCAAAGUUCUCGACUUCAAAAAGUUCGACAUUUCCGAGUUGGAUUGCAUUUUCGCGGAUUUUAAAACAACGUUGGAUCCAUUCGUCCAAAAUCGCGAGGACAUGGCCAAAGCAGAGGAAUCCUUUAAGAAAGCUGUUACCACGCUGGAACAAGUCAGUCCGCAUGCGCAGUUCAGUGAAUAUGUGCACGCCCUGAAGACGCGACUCACAUCAGAGGGAAUCGUAGUCAAGAUAAAAGAGGGAGCUCUGGCCAUUUACACAGAGGGAAAAAAGACAGUACAAGGAAUUCUUGACGCAGUAGCUGCUGUAAAUGCCAUACUUAAACUGUCGAAGGAAUUAAAAGCUAUGCCGAUGAUUAUCGCAAGAGGAAGUGACGAUGCAGUCGAGAGAGCUGAAGGAAUGGAUCUGCAAGGAAUCUUGAAACGAGAGUUUAAGAGCUUGUGGGAUUUGGGAAAGAUCCCAAGGCUCAAAAAGGCCUUCAGCAACAACGUCCAACAAGUGAGGAGAGCUCCUGACAUGGUGCGCGAUUUCUACAGCCAAGCCAAGAAGAUCAUCCUUGAAAUUUAUCAUGCUUUUGCCGAUGAAGAGGAACAGAAGAAAAUUGAAGGGGAGCUGAACAAGGGCGACGACACUUCAAAAGAAAAAGAUAAAAGCGAAAGCAAUGAGGCGGAAGAAGCAAAUGGAGGAAGCACCUCAAAGAAGAAGACUGACAAGAAGGAAGUAAGUAAAGCUGACAAAAGUAAGUCCAACAAGGAAAAGGACAAAGAGGAGUUUCACAAGAAGUUGAAGUUUGAUUCAGUGGGUCUUGAUGACAUUGAUGAUAUGUUUUCUUCCCUCGCAACUGCCAUCAAUCCGUUCGUGGAAACGCGUGAGAGCCUGCAAGCCGCCAAAGAAUCUUUCGAGAAUAUUGUUAAGAAGAUCCUUAACCUUGACGCAAAGAAGGAACUUAAAGAGUACAUCAAAGAGUUAAAAAAAGACGCCAAGGAAGGAAACAUUACGAUCUACAUCGACGAAACAGAUGGCGAGAUUAAAGUGAAAUCAAUUGAAGGCGUAAAACCGCCCAAGCCUUACCGUGAUGCAGUUGAAGCGCUGAAGAACAUUAGAACAGCCGGAAGUGAAGCAGUGGAACUUGAGCCAGACGUGCAGCAUGGAAUAGAAGAGUUCAUGCACAGAGUCACUCAAAUCAAUCCACAGCGUGACUUUCACAGCCUGCUUAAGAAGAAGUCUGAUGUAUUCGCUCUUCCAGGGAAGAUAAAAAGAUUCAACGAGAAUCGUAAAAAAGCACAAGAGAUUCCGGGUAUUGUCAAAGAGUUCUGCCUGUAUGUGGAGCGCAUUCUAACCGACAUCCUUGAAGCUUUGACAGGGGAAGAGGACUCAGCGACAAAGAAAGAAGAGGGCAGCGGUGAAGAAGGAGAUAAAAGUCCCACGGAUGAGAAUCAACCAAAGAAAUACGAGCCGCAUCAUAAGCCAUUGGAGAAAGAAGAGAGCAGUGGUGAAGAAGGAGAUAAAAGUCUAAUCAUGAGAUUUUUUUGCUGUUGUUUCCAGGUAUGUAGACAAUGUUAGAAUUAUCGCUUUUCAUAGCUGGGUGGUUGCUCACUUCUAUUUGGUCUUGUAAAUCAGGAAAAUUUGGAACACGCUUUGGGUCAAUCUCAAAGCGGAAGUACUUGUAAUGCAUCGACGCAAACCGUUUCCCUCAUAAGAUGAAAUAUGUUUACAAUUCGUUUCCUUUCUCCUUAAAGUUCAUGUGUUGUUGCUCGUCUUGUUCGUCUGGUUCUUGAGGAAGAAACCGUACGUGCCCUUGUAAGUUCGAAAGAUUG